AUGUCCACCUAUACUAGUAACACAACGGAACACCUUUAUUGUCCUGUGCACAGAACAAGAAGGCUGGAAUUUAACUGCCGAGAAUGUCAAAAGCCUAUUUGCUCUGAGUGUUUUGUAGCAGAUCACAACGAACAUAAAUUGGAAAAACUGGAAAACGUGUAUCCAAGUCUAGUAUCUAAAAUGAAGCAAGUAAAGAAAGAAAUCCAGACAGUGCUCAUACCCAAGUAUCAAGAAUUGAUAUCAAAGGAAAAUGCAAAAAUGGAAGAGCUUUCGAAGAAGACUGACAAAGUUCAGGAAAACAUAGAAGAUCACACAAAAAAACUACUUGGAAAAGCAAUAAAUAUCAAGGAAACAAUGAUACACUCUUUACGAAAAGAUGAACAGCUGAUACGGGAGUCCUUUGCUGAUAACAAACGUGAACUUGAAAGGCGUGUAAAAGUGCUCGAAACAUUAAAUGAUAGCAUAUCUGAAAGUUUAAAGAUUAAAAAAGGGAUUGUAUUUUUUCGAUUACCAGACACCGAAAAGCUACAACAUUUGAGAAAGUUUCCGAGUUCCAAACAUUAUUAUCUCCAACCUUUUCACGCUGGUACUUUAAAUGAAAGUACAUUGGAAUGUCAAUUCGGUAAUCCACCUAAAUUUGAUCUAGAGGAGACAAAAGGUGAUUCAGAGCAAGAAUGCAAAGAAGAUGCCAGAGGGUCGGGAACAUCCAAAUAG